AGUGGCCUACGUUGAAGUCUGGUCGGUGAAUGGAACGGAAAAUUAUUCAAAGACAUUUACAAACCAACUUGUGGAUAUGGGGGCAAAGGUUUCAAAAACUUUUAACAAACAAGUAACUCAUGUUGUGUUCAAAGACGGAUACCAGAGCACUUGGGACAAAGCACAGAAGAGAGGUGUGAAGCUCGUUUCAGUGCUCUGGGUCGAAAAGUGCCGGACAGCCGGGGCACACGUCGAUGAAGCGCUCUUCCCUGCGGCGAACACGAGGGAACACCUGCCGAGCCUAAUUAAAAAAAAACGGAAGUGUAUGCAGCCCAAAGAUUUUAUUCCUAAAACACCGGAACACGAUAAAAGGCUUCAGAAGAAAUUUGAAAAAAUGGCUACAGAGCUACAAAGGCAGAAGAGCAGUCUGGAUAAUGAUAUACCUGUUCUCUUAUUUGAAUCUAAUGGCUCAUUGAUGUAUAGUCCCACCAUUAAAAUGUGCAGCGGUCAGCGUAGUGCAAUGCAAAGGAGAUUACAGGAGAUGAAGGAGAAAAGGGAGAACCUCUCCCUUACAUCUUCACAGAUGCUUGAAAAGUCCCUUGAUAACCAAGCCAACUCCCCAGGUGAAGCUUCUUGGAACAUUUCACAUGACACAUUGUGCUCAGAUGAAUCCUUUGCUGGUGACCUGAACUCAUCUUUUGACGAUCUUUGUGGAAAGGUGAGAAGUGGAAGUCAGAAAGCGACACUGGGAGGAAUUGUGGAUGAAGUUGAAAGUGUGUGUGUUUCUUCGCCUGCGCUGAAGACAAGGAGCAUCCGUUCUUCAGCAUCUCCUGGUUACCUCCACCCGUUAACGCCUCAGAAGCCCAUGGGUAGUCCUUCCAAAGAAAAGACUCGUAGGCAAGGAGAUCCCGCGGGUGAGGUGGUCACCCCCCACAAGCAGCAGUCCGAGGGAGCGGCCGGAAUGGUGUUUGACGAGAAACGCAGCUUGUCUCCUAUGUUAUCUGCAACCAAAUGCCGCCCUUCGGGACAUUCACGAUCUGAGAGCUCCUCAGCCAAGAGAAAAAGAAGGUCGGAGAGCUCGGGGGCUCCCCCCGAAGAAAGACUGAAGAAGAAGAGGUGCGGUGGGCAGCCUGGCAGGCCACGGGUGCGGCUGUGGACGUCGGGGCACCCCCUGCCGCUCCCGGCUGGGCCUGCUGGCGAGACUGCGGGCUGCGGGGUGUCCUCGUACGAUGAUUACUUCUCACCUGAUAACCUUAGGGAAAGGAGUUCAGAGGCUCUUCUUCCCGGAUUUCAGCCAUCUGCAGGCCUGGCUCAGUUCAGCCGCGGCGGUGGUCUUUCCCAGACGGAGAGAAGAAACAUACUGCACACGGCUGACUUCUCCUGCAUUGGUAAAAAUCCCAGGUCCGUCGACAUGACCGAUGUAACAGCAAAAACGAGCUCCAGUCUCGAGAAACCGCCACAAGAAGCAGCAGACGCGAUGUGGGCUUGCCUGACCUCGGAGGGAACGUGUGCUGCCGAAGGAACCCCAGGCCCUUGUCAACAGGCUGGUGCCCACAGAAGAGCAGGCCCGCACGCAGGUGGGAGAUGCCGCUCUCACGUGGCUGGUGAGCCCGCUGUGCCACAGGGGCGUGGAGGGGAGGGACUUCAAGGCGAUUUCACUCCUCUGGAAGGGAGCAGCGUAGAAAUGCAAGAAUUGCUGGAUGUGAGAAGUGGACAGAAAGAGGAUAGCACUUCUCGAAUGUGGAACUCCUCUGGCGGUGAAAUGCAGCGUGACCAUGAGCUUGAUUUAGUGGCUGAUUGUACUGUGGACAAAGCUACAGAAGCAGAGGAACAGCCAUCCAGUGGAUGCGAUGGAAGUGUAAAAAAUGGACCAACAAGGCGUGAUGUUUUAGAUGCCUCAUUAGAAGCCUGUAAGGACCGCACCAGACCUCACGAGGCAUCGAAGAGAAGAGGGAAAGCUCAAAAGCCAACAAGAACAUUAGUCAUGACAAGCAUGCCAUCUGAAAAGCAGAACAUUGUCAUCCAGGUUGUGAAUAAGUUGAAGGGCUUUUCAUUUGCCCGGGAAGUGUGUGGCACUACCACUCAUGUGCUCACCGGGAAUCCCCUGCGUACCCUGAAUGUGCUGCUGGGAAUCGCUCGUGGCUGCUGGAUUCUCUCUUAUGAAUGGGUACUGUGGUCUUUGGAACUGGGUCACUGGAUUUCCGAGGAACCGUUUGAACUUUCUAACUACUUCCCUGCAGCUCCUAUUCAGUCACUCAGCACAAGGUCUGUGCCUUUGACAACUACCUGUUGCCGCAAUGACGGAGCCACCAGUCAACACCACGGGCUGCUGCCAUUAGCUCACAAAGUUGUCUCUGGACACUGACAUAGCAAACACUCAGAGAAGGAAUGGACAUAGAAGCAAUGCCUUUUUAUAUCAUUACAUGUGUGCCUUGUGGUUUUUAUAUAAAGAACCUCCUCCGUUUGCCUUUCUAAUGACUGAAUUUGUGCUCUAAAGAAGCACUAACCUGCUCUAUUUGGGCCUUUUCUGUGUAAUGCCAAUCUUAGUAUUUUAAUGAUGAUCAUGAUUAAAAGGUCACAGAACCUUGGUC